UGGGGAGCGGGCGGGGGAUAGAAGGAGAGUGGGGAGAAGCGACAAUAGCGCCGCCCUUUGCCCCUCCCCCUUUCCUUUCUCGGGGCCCCGCACACGGGGAGGAGGAGCCUACCUCCAUUAUUUAUAUUUUGUCUCCCUUUUUAUUUCCUCCCCUCCUUCAAAGUCUGACACGUCCGCAGUGAGUGAGUGGCGUUGGCAGCCUGUCAAUCCGUCACCGGAGCCGGCAAGAGCGAAAUAGCGGGGGAAGCAGCCAUAAAUCCCGCCCGGGAGUCCCGGCACCGGCCCCUCCAUCCAUCUCUUCCCCUCAGCUCCCCUUAGCCGCCGCCGCCGCCGAGAAGGGGAAAAAAAACUUUUUUUGAUUGCUGCUCUGAGCCACCAUCAUCAUCAUCAUCAUCUUCCCCACACCGGGCACCUUAACCAUUUCUAUCUUAUUACUCCCAUUAAUAGCUCAAGCUGCUGCUGCUUCUUCUCCCCCCACCCCUGGGCACAACUUUCAUUUAGAUUUUCUAUACAAAUAUUUAAUUUUGUAGUUUUCUUUUAUUUAUUUUUUUUUUUUACUACUGAUUUGAUGUUGGACACGACCCUGCAAAGGAGCUACCAUCAGUCACUGAUUUAUUUAUUUCUCUUAGAAAGGAGAAUACUACCGGAGCAGCCGGAGAUUGGCAGCGCUCGCUCAGAGAAGUGGAUGAAGGAUUGACUGGAAAACCCUGGUCCGAAAUCAAAAAAAAAAAUCAAAAGGGAUCAAUAAAUGACCAUCGUGGACAUUGCUGAAAACGCGUUGAUCUUUUCAUCAAAAUAGUCUGAAUGUAAUUCAUUUCUAUGCUGGCCAAAAUGCAUGGAUGGGAUAAGCACCGAAUAGAAACUUGAUUUUUUUUUUUUUUUUAAUAAUAAAACACGACUGGAACUGCUGUGAAGGAACAUGUGUCACUAGUACUUAUAGUGACGUAGAGGUUUGUGCUACAUUUGAACAUCUUUGUAGCAGAUUUAUUUUCCUCAUUUGGAAUGCAUUGUUGGAAUUGAAAAGAAUUGAAAUAAAGACUGAAUUUACAGCAGCUCGUAAUACUUCAAGAACUCAGAACCAGGUGCUCACUUGUUAUUCUAUUGAAAACUUAACACUAUGUGAAAGGAGUAAACACAAAUCAUGCCUCUGCUGUGUGUGCCGUCAUUUUGGAGUAAACUCUGACUGACCUGUCAUUACCUGAAGAUUAAAAUACAGACAGAAGAAGAUGCUGACUUUCAUUUGCAACUUUUAAUAUGCCCCCUUUUCUCGUCCACGUUUUCUUGGAAUAAAAAAAAAAAGAAACUUGACCUCUUCAGAAAGAGCAUUUUUAAAAUAAAAAGAUUUUAGCUGCUGAAGGCGAUCGCACCUGUAAUACAUUUUUAUGAAACCCUACAUGUUGUGGUUCUGAUAUUUGGAUGGUAUUUACAUUGGUGGGAUGAAAUACUAUCACAGACCUUGAUUUAAAACUGCUCUGUCCAUAGAGACUGGGUAUCUGGUUGGAUUCUGACGGUUGACGUUGUUGAUGUGUGGGGCAGUAACCCCACAGCGGUGCUAUCACUGGCUGUGAGGUCUCCUUGCAGUCUGUGUUGUCAUUGAUUAGGCUGCGGAGAAGAGUAUGGACGAACAGACCAGGAUGAUGCAGACUUUGGCUGGGGUGGCCAUGGCUGGCCACUCGGUUCAAGGGGGAAUGACUUUACCUCCUCCCCAUGGUCACGAUGGGGGAGAUGGUGACGGCAGGAAGCAGGACAUUGGAGACAUCCUGCACCAGAUUAUGACCAUAACUGAUCAAAGCUUGGAUGAGGCACAAGCAAAAAAGCAUGCACUAAACUGCCAUAGGAUGAAACCAGCCCUCUUCAGUGUCUUAUGUGAAAUCAAAGAGAAAACAGGUCUCAGCAUCCGAGGAGCACAGGAAGAGGAUCCCCCAGAUCCUCAGCUCAUGAGACUGGACAAUAUGCUGUUGGCUGAAGGCGUUUCUGGACCAGAGAAGGGUGGUGGAUCAGCAGCUGCAGCAGCCGCAGCAGCUGCAUCUGGUGGUGGCUCCUCGGAUAACUCCAUAGAACACUCUGACUACAGGGCUAAACUCAGCCAGAUCCGGCAAAUCUAUCACACAGAACUGGAGAAAUAUGAGCAGGCGUGUAAUGAGUUUACAACCCAUGUGAUGAAUCUACUAAGAGAGCAGAGCCGGACACGCCCCAUCUCUCCAAAAGAAAUAGAGAGGAUGGUGGGCAUUAUUCACAGGAAGUUCAGCUCCAUCCAAAUGCAACUGAAGCAGAGCACGUGUGAGGCAGUCAUGAUCCUGCGGUCAAGGUUUCUUGAUGCCAGGAGAAAAAGACGUAACUUCAGUAAGCAAGCCACAGAGAUCCUAAACGAGUAUUUCUACUCCCACCUUAGCAACCCUUACCCAAGCGAGGAAGCCAAAGAGGAGCUGGCAAAGAAAUGCAGUAUCACAGUGUCACAGGUAUCAAACUGGUUUGGGAACAAGCGGAUACGGUACAAGAAGAACAUUGGCAAGUUCCAAGAAGAAGCUAACCUGUAUGCAGCCAAGACUGCAGUGAAUGCUGCUCAUGCAGUAGCUGCUGCUGUACAAAAUAACCAGACAAGUUCUCCCACUACACCAAAUUCUGGUGGAUUCCCUUCGUCAUGUUAUCAAUCAGACGGGAGGAUACAGUGAUGCAUUGGGAGGGAAUUCACUGUACAGCCCGCAUCACCUUAAUGCUAAUGGAGGGUGGCAUGAGGCUGCAACCCCUUCCUCCGUCACUUCCCCCACAGAAGGGCCGGGCAGCGUAAACUCUGAUACCUCUAACUGACCAAUUCUCUACAAGCUGAGGGUGCAACCAGGUUGACUGGAGAAGCACAUCUUUUACAGCAAAGCAUCAUCACCAGUAUUAAUUCAAUACGCAGUGCAGCAGUGUCCCAGCUCUUGGGAUGAGUUCACCUCUGGUCACACAAAUAGAGGAUCAAAUCGUGCCCACGUCCAGCCACUGCUUAUCCUGAUUUUCAUACGGACCUACAACCUCACUGUAAAACCCAGCCGGGAGAAUCUGCAGGAUUCUGUUAAACCCCUACUGUUUCUGCAAAUAUCACCGUUAUGAAAGCACUUUAUCUAAUUGGGCCAAACCCGAAUUACAAUCUGUGAAAAGCUCUCCUCUCCACAUCAGCAUUUUUUGAUUAAAUAGCUAAAUUAAAUGAAUAAAGUAGGUGCUUUAAAGCGAAA